GAGCCUAUCAUACCCUCCCCCAUAUCCCACACCCUCAUGGAAACCAAAGGACUUAGGUUCAAACAUUAUGAUCCAUUUUAGUGAGAAUUCAAUGUCCUUUAGCCCGAAAGGCCAAAAUAACUUUCGUUUUUGACCUAAGGGUUCCGCUGGUCAACCCCCUUUUCCGUCCAACCCAACCCCAAACAUCCAAAAGUAUUUUAUUUCCUUUUGAUAUCCAAAUAAAUUCUCUUCUAUAUAUUUUAAUCCAUGGUCACAAUAGGAAACCAAAACAGCCCCAUUCAUCUUCCAACAUCCACCCAACAUGGUCCCUACUAUGUUCCCUAGUACAACCCACUAAACAACCAUAAAAGUCCAGGAGAAAAUGGUACUUUCUUAACCCUUUAACCACCAAAUAAAUCAUCAUAUAUGCAGCCAGAGUACCACACAUUAUCCUUUCCCAUUGUCCCCCUAGUUGGCUGAAUACAUCCCCCAAAAUCAGCCCAAAAGAAGGCCAUUCAUUCCCCCUGGUUUGGAGGCCCUACAACCACACCCAUCCUUGAUUUUAUUCCAAUAAAAGGACCUCAAAACAUGGCUGAUAUUUCAGAGAUUUGAGAGAGGAUGUUGCUAGGAAGCUUCCUUAUGUUCACAUUCAUUGCAUUGUGUAUUAUUUCCCCCUUCCCCUGCCUAUAUAACUCAGGUCUUAUGGCCAUUGUAACACAAUUUCUGAAUAUUGAAAAUCUUUUACUCUUUGAAGUUGUGCCCGGCUGGCGAGAAACCUUAUUUAAUUUAGUGAAUGAGUGCUUGUUUAACGUCAAAGUGCGGAUUAAGGUUGUGUUAGCCACUUUUGCGGGUACUGUGGCUGCUGAAGCAAAGAGCAAUGCAGCUAGUUGGGUUAUCCUGGACAGAAAACUCAAACAAGAGCGCAAGGUUUGCUUGGAGGAGCUUCGAUGCAAUAUCGUAGUCAUCAAAGGUUCCCAUCCGAAAGUCCUUAGGCUCAAUUUAGAGUCAUCCUCAGAAGAACCAUCACACACCCCUUUCUUUUCUGCUCACUCGUCGCCGGUUUUGGACCAUAUGAUAACCUCACAUGGCCAUAUCUAUAGCCAUGUGAUGAAGCAUUAUUCAACUCCUGUAAGCAGUCCUGAGGACCCCAGAAGUCCUAUAUACACGAGAGCGAAUCCACAACAAAAUCUAUCAUUUCUUCUUUGCCAGCACAAUCCACUUUACGAAGGUCCUGAUAGUAAUAUUGAUAAAGGGAAGUCUCAUAAAGAAAAUGACCCAGUUGGGGAAACAACUAUAACAAUCUCAUCUUUAACAAAGACAUUUCAGAACCUCCGAGUGCAUUCAGGUAGAGCCUCUUCAAAGUCACCUCCUUUGUGUUCAACAUGUCAACUGAAAGCUCCGUCUUUUGGGAAGCCUCCUAAGGAGUUCACCUACAAAGAGCUAGAGGAAGCGACCGAUGGGUUCUCUAGUGAGAAUUUUCUAGCACAAGGAAGGUUUGGUUUGGUACAUAAAGGAGUCCUGAAGGACGACAUGGUGGUUGCUGUGAAACAGCUCAAGUAUAUUGGCACUCAAGCCGAUGCUGAUUUCUGUAGGGAAGUGAGAGUGUUGAGCUGUGCACAACAUAGGAAUGUAGUCCUUCUGGUCGGUUUUUGCAUCGAACAAAACAGGAGGCUUUUAGUGGUGGGGUGCAUAGUUCACAGGGAUUUGCGGCCAAAGAACAUCCUCUUAACUCAUGAUUUUGAACCUUUGGUUACAGAUUUUGGGCUUGCAAGGUUGCACAGUGAAUGGGAGUUGUCAUAUGACAAACGCCUUGGAACUUCAGGGUACUUGGCACCAGAAUUCUUCACUGAUGGAAGGGUUACAGAGAAAGUUGACAUUUAUGCUUUCGGCCUUGUGUUGUUAGAGUUAAUCACAGGCAAAAAAAUUAGCAACUUCCUAUAUUACAAAUGGAAGAACCUUUUACUGGGCAAUCAUUAUUGCACUUCAGCCAAGAUGGAACCAAUUCAUGUGUUGGCAUAUAAGCAUCAGUUGCUGGACUGCACUUUGGCAUCAACACAGCUUCAAAACUUGCCCUAUGAACUACAUGCAAUGGGGUCCGCCGCGUCAUUGUGUUUGCAACGAGAACCACACAGGCGUCCUCCAAUGUCCAAGGUGAUCAGAGUAUUGGAGGGAGUUGCAUUGCCACUGGAUUUAGAUAGCAAUAGAAGUCACCAUUCAGAAUCAAGGAGGACGCAUUGUCGCAGACUUUCAUACUGAAGAAGAAACAUUCUCAAAACUCGAAUUGUUGUUCUUAUGAUGAGAGGCAACUUUGGUUCUCAUAAAUCACUCCUGUUGGAAUGCACUGGAGAAGAGAAAAAAUCAGAGACUCUUUUUUUUGAGUGACUAGGAGAUAAUGACAUCAGAUUACAAUUUAUAAAAGAGAAAAGUAGGCAGAGGAAGUAUUUCUUUUUGUGCUUCUGGAACCUCAAUAUCCAGGGAAGUACGGAUUAAUAUGAAAUAGUAACCAUAAUUGCAAUUGAAAAUGUGAGAUCAAUGAAAAAAAGAAGUGUAAAAGCGUAUAUUCUUCUAUUAAUUUCGCGGUACUGUUCGACCUCCCCAACGUUUAACACGAUCAGCCGCCAUAUUGGCCUGCACAUCAUAAAAAAGAAUAAAUUAAUUUUGUAUAA